CUCCAUAAACCAAAAAGUGUAAGGAAUGGCCAAGGGCAAUAUUACAGAGCAAUGACUGCAAGAUUCUGGACCCAAGGAGCGGGAUAUCAAGAAUCUAUACCUUCUAAUGGAUGCACUGCAUCAGGCAUUAAUGUAUUCAUAGUUAACAUUACAGUCAUAGAAGUUUUCUAUAAUCCACCAAUUCCAGUUCCUGCCGGAUACACACCUAUAUAUCCCCCGGAAUCACUAUUCCUCCUGGUGCAAACUUUGUUAUUGAUCUUUACUACGUCCAACAAGAAAAGAAGUCUUGAAGAUUCAGAAACAGUAGCAGCCUCAAAAUUCAUCUCAUUUUAA